UUAGUGAACUGACCGUCACAGUGGAUAAUGAACAAAACAUAAUCUAAUACAAUAUGGCAAGAACAGUGUGUGUGGUAUUUCCAACAGUAUUAACGAUAUUCCUCGUAACUUUGGUAGUGCUUGGAUUUAUGAACAUUGGCCCUCUGGCCGCCUACAUCGCAUUAGAUUUUGGUUCAAGCAAUGUGAAACCAAUCGAGGGUACAGUCAUCGACACUACACACUACUACAAAUACAAUAAAUCUCGAACACCAUGGACUACGGUAGAGACUACCCCAAACUACUAUUCUCGAUUCGGAAGAAGACAUAAGUACCAUAACUACACACGAAAUGUAACUAUUUCUCUCAACAAUACUACGAGAUAUGGACGCAAUGAUACCUAUUUUAAAUCCAAUACAAGACCGUACUACAUCAACAACUUCGAUUAUGUUAAUAAAACUAUCAUUGGCACAAUUCCGAUUGAAGUAAGCCGUAGACCAGGACAUGAGAAAGAAUGGGUACCGUACUCCUACGCUAAUAACACCACAGCCAAACCGCUGUCGAAAUACUACUCUGAUGAUGAUAAUACAUCUACAUUCAUAACGCCGAGGACAUACAACUACAGUGAUGUUUAUACCAAACCUAUAUCGCCGAGGACAUACAACUACAGUGAUGUUUAUACCAAACCUGUAUCGCCGAGGACAUACAACUACAGUGAUAAUUAUACCAAACCUGUAUCGCCGAGGGCAUACAACUACAGUGAUGUUUAUACCAAACCUGUAUCGCCGAGGACAUACAACUACAGUGAUAAUUAUACCAAACCUGUAUCGCCGAGGGCAUACAACUACAGUGAUGUUUAUACCAAACCUAUAUCGCCGAGGACAUACAACUACAGUGAGGUUUAUACCUCAGACGUAACGCCAGGAAGAUACAACUACAGUGUUGUGUAUAUCCCAGACACACCAGCAGAAAGUUACAAGCACGGUGCUGAUGUUAGCACAGCCUAUGGUAGCGGUUAUCCCAAAUAUGCGAGGAAUCCUUUUGUAAACGUAAGUACCAACGCUAGCGUCGCGAAACCUAAAGCUGUAACUGUAACAUAUCAUAGCAAUGAAAGUAAGCCUACUCCGAGUAAUAAAAAUAGACCUACGUCAACAUUUUACGAAGAAAACAAAUAUUAUAUAGGUGGUUCAAAGUCAGUCAAUUAUCCCAUGGAUUACGCCGUAGCUAAAAGUAAAUCAACUCCAAGUGGAGACAGAGCAGUACUCGCACCGUCAUACAAUGGUACUUACACCAAGCCAAUAGAUAAAACUGCUCCAUCGCCGCGAGAAUACGGAAAAGAUAUAGGUACAAGUGCAAAUACAAAAACACCCAUAGAAUACGCUUACGCCGUGCCUAAAAAAAUUUCUACUCCAGAUAGUGGAACCGUUGCUGUACCCAAUUUUCACAUAAAUAACAAGGGCACGGUUUCAAAUGUUUAUGUUGAAAAACCUAAUAUGAUGACUGAUAAUAAAACAAUGGAUAAUGGUACUGUACCAGUUAAACCAGACUACAAUGUAUGGAAUACACAUAAAAAAAGAAACGAAAAUGCACCUAUGCAUGUAGCUAGUAGACCAGUAGAAGCCAAACCUACUAAUAGUAAUGGUACAAGAAGUGUAAAAUAUGAUGAUGGAUGGAGCACCACAUAUGGAUUGGACGGUAAAACAGGCGACAGUCCAAGUAUAUGGGCUACAAAUAAAAGAUAUGAAAAUGCGACGGUACCAGGUACAUCUGCUGGUAGACCAGUAGAAGCCAAACCUACUAAUAGUAAUGGUACAAGAAGUGUAAAAUAUGAUGAUGGAUGGAGCACCACGUAUGGAUUGGACGAUAAAACAGGCGACAGUCCAAGUAUAUGGGCUACAAAUAAAAGAUAUGAAAAUGCGACGGUACCAGGUACAUCUGCUGGUAGACCAGUAGAAGCCAAACCUACUAAUAGUAAUGGUACAAGAAGUGUAAAAUAUGAUGAUGGAUGGAGCACCACAUAUGGAUUGGACGGUAAAACAGGCGACAGUCCAAGUAUAUGGGCUACAAAUAAAAGAUAUGAAAAUGCGACGGUACCAGGUACAUCUGCUGGUAGACCAGUAGAAGCCAAACCUACUAAUAGUAAUGGUACAAGAAGUGUAAAAUAUGAUGAUGGAUGGAGCACCACAUAUGGAUUGGACGGUAAAACAGGCGACAGUCCAAGUAUAUGGGCUACAAAUAAAAGAUAUGAAAAUGCGACGGUACCAGGUACAUCUGCUGGUAGACCAGUAGAAGCCAAACCUGAACCAACUAAAAGUAAUGGUACAAGAAGUGCAAGAUAUAAUAAUGGAUGGAAAACGUAUGGCAGGGAUUGACACUGACAUUCGAGAAAUUACGCAUUUUCCAUUCAUUUUUUCAACUAGCUUAUAAAUGACCUCUUAGAAGCUCCUAGAUUUCUAUUUUAUGCAAACAUAUUAUAAUAAUAAUAAUAAUAACUUGACACCCUGGAUAGGCGAGUCCGGACCCUGCU